ACACCAUAGAGAUAUAUCCUGUUUUGACAAGGAAUCGUGAUUCUUCGAACCUUUACGUGAUACUUUAUACAUCGGAAAUGGCUAUCACCCACUACUUUGCUGUUCCAGCUUUGAGUGAUGGCGCCCACCAAGCUGUGCUCAAUAAAGUGAUUGAUAUCGUGGGAAAGGAGGAAGAUGUACAGCUUGAGACAGAAGCAUGCUAUAAUAUUGAAGUUCAAGGAGAACUUACAACAGACGAGAUAAAGAAGCUGCUGUUCAUCAUUGGUACUCCAUUCCAGAAUGAUAAAAUCACUACAUUUUCUGUUUUGGGUGAAAAAAAGACAGGGGAUGCUUUGCUCAUUGAGAUUGGUCCAAGGUUAAACUUCUCAACAGCCUGGUCAACCAAUGCAGUUUCCAUCUGUCAGUCGGCUGGUCUCACAAAGAUCACCAGGAUCGAGCGCUUCAGACGUUUCCUAUUCACCUCCACCAAUCCCUCCAUCCUAUUAGAAUAUGAGCAGGCUAUCGUUGCUUCACUGCAUGAUCGAAUGACAGAAUGUCGCUACCUAGAACCCCUAGAGAGCUUUGAGAUCCAAGUUAAACCUGAGGCUGUGUAUGAUGUGGAUAUCAUGGGCCAAGGGAAAGAAGCUCUCAAGAAAGCUAAUAAAGAUCUUGGUCUUGCCUUUGAUGACUGGGACUUGGAUUAUUACCAUGACAUGUUUACUAAUAAGAUCAAACGGAAUCCAACUAGUGUGGAAUGUUUUGAUCUAGCUCAGUCAAACAGUGAACACAGUCGUCAUUGGUUCUUCAAAGGUCGUAUGGUGGUAGAUGGUGAGGAGAAGAAGGAUUCAUUGUUUGACCUUGUCAUGAAGACACAAGAGAAUAGCAAUCCUAACAAUGUUAUCAAAUUCUCUGACAAUAGUAGUGCUAUUCAAGGCAAAUCCAUCAAAGCUCUUUAUCCAAUGCGUCCUGGUUGCUCAGCGACCCCAAUGACUGACAAGCAACUAGUGCGACACAUCAUCUUCACUGCUGAGACUCAUAAUUUUCCUACAGGAGUUGCCCCUUUCAGCGGUGCUACGACUGGUACAGGAGGGCGUAUCAGAGAUGUCCAGUGUGCAGGAAAAGGAUCUCAUGUAGUUGCUGGGACAGCUGGGUAUUGCUUUGGUAACCUGAAUAUACCAGGAUAUAAUCUUCCUUGGGAGGAUGCCUCCUUUGUGUAUCCUAGCAACAUGGCCCGCCCACUGGAGGUUGCCGUGGAAGCAAGUAACGGUGCCUCAGACUAUGGAAACAAGUUUGGAGAACCGGUUCUAGCUGGUUUUGCCCGUUCCUUUGGGAUGCUCGUACCAGGAGAUGAAAGGAGAGAAUGGGUCAAACCCAUUAUGUUCUCAGGGGGGUUAGGUUCUCUUGAGGAGGGACACAUCAAGAAAGAUUCUCCUCAACAGGAAAUGAAAGUAGUAAAGCUUGGUGGUCCCAUCUAUCGCAUCGGAGUGGGUGGAGGGGCGGCCUCUUCCAUUCAGGUACAGGGGGAUAAUACAGAAUCCUUGGACUUUGGUGCUGUACAGAGAGGAGAUGCUGAAAUGGAACAGAAGUUAAACCGGGUUGUAAGAGCUUGUAUUGAGCUAGGAGAGAGGAAUCCAAUCAAGAGUAUUCAUGAUCAGGGAGCAGGAGGCAAUGGUAAUGUCUUGAAAGAGAUUUGUGAGCCAGCAGGAGCAGUGAUUCGUACCAAAGCCUUCCAGCUAGGAGACCCCACCCUAACAACCCUAGAGAUAUGGGGAGCUGAAUACCAAGAGAGUAAUGCUAUACUGGUAGAUGAGAACGAUGAGGAGUUGCUUAGUGAUAUAUGUAGGAGGGAGAGAUGCCCAGUGUGCUUUGUAGGAGAGAUCACAGGAGAUGGAAAGAUUUGUUUAGAGGAAGAGAAACAUGAGAUGAUGAAUGGAGGAGGUGAUGCUGAUCAUUCUCCAACCAAGAAGAGCAGAACGGUGACCUACCCAGUUGACCUUGACCUGGAAUGGGUCCUUGGCAAGAUGCCAAGAAAGGUGUUCAAUCUUAACAGAACAACCAAAACUCUGUUACCCCUAGACCUUCCUGAUGGACUUACUGUCAUUGAUGCUCUUGACCGUGUUCUUAGAUUGCCAUCGGUAGCAAGCAAGAGAUAUCUCACAAAUAAGGUUGACCGAUCAGUGACAGGUCUUAUUGCCCAGCAGCAGUGCGUAGGUCCUCUCCAUACCCCACUGGCUGAUGUCGCAGUGACUGCUCUAUCUCACUUUGAAACCAUUGGAUCGGCCACUGCCAUAGGAGAGCAACCCAUCAAGGGAUUAGUAAAUGCUGCCUCAGGGGCUCGUAUGGCUGUAGCUGAAUCCUUGACUAAUCUCGUCUUUGCAAGGGUUUCUGCACUCAAGGAUGUGAAAUGCAGUGGUAACUGGAUGUGGCCAGCCAAACUCCCAGGUGAAGGGGCUGCCCUAUACGAUGCUUGUCAAGCCAUGGGAUCUCUCAUGUCUGAACUAGGGAUAGCUGUAGAUGGAGGCAAAGAUUCACUCAGUAUGGCUGCAAGGGUGGAGGGAAAAACUGUCAAAGCACCAGGUGCUCUAGUGAUCUCAACCUAUGUUGGAUGUCCAGAUAUCACUGCUACUGUUACACCAGAUCUAAAAUGCCCUAGUGGUCAAGGUACCCUGUUGUAUGUAGACCUCAGUGGUGGUCAUAGAAGACUUGGUGGUUCUGCAUUAGCUCAAUGUUAUAAUCAGAUAGGUGACAAUGUUCCUGAUGUCAAUGAUGCUUCCUUACUGGCUGCAGCAUUCAAUGUCACACAAGAAUUGAUUACAGAUGGUCUACUGACUGCUGGUCAUGAUAUCAGCGAUGGUGGGCUAAUCACAUGUCUCCUAGAGAUGGCUUUUGCUGGUAACUGUGGGAUCAAUGUAGACCUACCAACUAAUGAUGAUGCUUCACCACUUGAGUUCCUGUUUUCUGAAGAACUUGGUCUAGUAUUGGAGACUACUCAAUCAGAUGCAGAGGUUGUAUGUAGGAGGUAUACAGACCAAGGAGUCACAUGUAGUGUCAUAGGUCAAUCAGGGGGAGAAGCAGCUGAAGCCAAGAUUGUGAUCAACGUGAAUGGCAAUACCAUCCUGGAUGAUUCUAUGACACGCCUACGUGAUGUAUGGGAAGCAACUAGUUUUCAGCUAGAACGCCUUCAGACCAACCAAUCAUGUGUGGUACAGGAGGAAACCCUGCUCAAAAAUAGGAAAGCACCCCCAUACAAGCUGACCUUUGACCCUCAGCCGCCGACUCCAAUCCAGGAGACAAACCGGCCAAAGGUAGCAGUAAUCCGUGAAGAAGGAAGCAAUGGUGAUCGUGAGAUGUUAGCAUCAUUUUAUAUGGUAGGCUUUGAAGCUUGGGAUGUCAAUAUGCAAGACUUAGCAAGUGGGACCUUAUCUCUCAAAGACUUCAGAGGGGUAGCGUUUGUUGGAGGAUUCAGCUUUGCUGAUGUUAUGGGUUCAGCUAAAGGCUGGGCAGCAGCAAUCCUAUACAACCCUGUAGUGAGAGGAGAGUUUGAUGCCUUCAGAGCUAGAUCAGAUACUUUCUCAUUAGGAGUCUGUAAUGGAUGUCAAUUGAUGGGUCUACUAGGUUGGGUGGCUCCUGAUCAAACACAAUCUGAUGGUAACCAAGCUGCAUGCAAGCAAGGAGUACUACUAGACCACAAUGAUUCCGAGCGAUAUGAAUCUAGGUUUGUUACAGUACAGAUUCAAGAGAGUCCAGCCAUGAUGCUACAAGGAAUGCAGGGGUCUACACUUGGCAUCUGGGUGGCUCAUGGAGAAGGCAAGAUGAAGUUUGCCAACGAGUCCAUCCACUCAUCCAUCCUGUCCAACAACCUUGCACCUGUCCGUUAUGUUGACGAUGAGGGCGCCCCGACCACCCAGUAUCCACUAAACCCCAAUGGUUCUCCAGACGGUAUCGCAGCUCUCUGUUCACCCGAUGGUCGUCAUCUUGCCAUCAUGCCUCAUCCUGAACGCUGCACUCUGACCUGGCAGUGGCCGUGGAUGCCUUCAGAGUGGAGACGGGAUCUCAAGGCAUCGCCAUGGUUACAAAUCUUCCAGAAUGCCUACACAUGGUGUCUGGAAAACAAGGCAUAAGGAAAAGGACAUAAAUGAUAUGUAGCAUUGUAUGUGCUCACUUUACAUUCCAUAGGCUUUGUUACGAAGGUCUAAAGUAGAGGGAAAAGAUGGAACUUGAAGAAUUAUGGAUUGUGUUCCGAAGGAUGUUUCAGAGAGACAAGUGUUAAUGAGAAUCACAUCUGACUUUGCAGUACUGGUAUAUAAUACAUCAACCAAUGUACUCAUCAACAGUUCAGCAAACUUGCCUCUCAAUGAAACAGCCCUUGUGUUUUGUUUCUUUGGGGUUUGUGAAACUCUUGUAGCAGGGUUAUGCACUGAAUUACAAAGUGCAGCUUAAAGUAUUCAUUACAAAAACGAAAUUGUCUCUUAAAUUGAGAAUUAAAAAAAAACAGUACUAAAUUUCAUAGAAAGUCUUUGACUGUUAAGUCACUAAUGAUGUCACUGAAAAAUUCAGUAUUUAUUUAAAGUUUCAACUUUGUUUUUGACACAUUUUUUCAAUAUCUGGGUCUUGAUUAAUUAAUUGCAUAUACAUUGCAUGAAAUUGAUAUUAUCUUUCACUCUAUGCUUGCUAAGGCAUGAAUUAUGUAUAAAUAGCAUCAAUAUUAACAAAUAUACACUGAAAUCCAGAGAUAAUACAUUCUUUGGGAUUGCAUCUAGGAAAAACAAUGAAUAUGUUUGUGUGUACUGGUCCAGUACUCUUUUUUAUGAAUUGGUAUUGGUUUCUGUACAAAGAAAAAUGGAUAGCAUAUUCUGAAUCAUACAGGGCUGUAAGGUAUUACAAUUUUGGAAGAAAUACUUAUAAAUUUCAUUGGAAACUUCAUUAAGAAUUGAUGUUUCUUUCUAAUUUGCUCACAAACAUGUAUUUUCAACUUGUUUGCUAUAUAUUGAUAUGAUUUAACAUUCUUAAAAAUGAAUAUGCUUCUGGGAGCUAGACAUUAUGGACAGUUAAAA